AUGCAGUGGAGACGGCGACACUGCUGGACACACAUUGCCGCGCUCAUCUCACUGCUCUCUUUCGCAGGAGUACUUCUCUUCCUGCGUCACCACUCCACGGUAUGGGACUGGAUUGGAAGAAGGUAUAACCCAGUGACUUACUCAACUCAUGGGGUUCAAUCUUCUAAAAUGGAGGCUAACCAGAGUGCCUUGCUGCGGUACGGCUGGAAGGAGGCUGGGAAUUCAAAAGGACCACUGAGGCCCGAGGUCACAUCCUCCCUAGAUAAAGACUCCACUCAGGGACUUGAAAACUCCCUGGGUUCCAACAGUAGUCUGAGUGGAGAGAUGACGGCAACAAGGACUCAAAAGGUGGAGUCCUACGCCUACAUUAUAAAUGAGCUGUACAAGUGCCAACAGAGAGACCCUUUUCUGGUGCUGCUGAUUGCCGUAGAACCCCAACAAGUGGAAGCAAGAAAUGCCAUCAGGCAGACAUGGGGGAAUGAGACUCUAGUCCAGGGUCUGGGAUUAGCGCGGCUCUUCAUGUUAGGCCUAAAAGAGGGCAGUCAGGGAGUCAGGAACAGUCGUCUGCAGCGCUCCAUUGAGGCAGAGUCUCGCCAACACCGUGACAUCAUCCAGCAGGAAUUCAUGGACACCUACCACAACCUUACCUUAAAGACUUUGAUGGGGAUGCACUGGGUGGCCACACACUGCCCCAAUGCAAGAUAUGUCAUGAAGACAGACAGCGACAUGUUUGUGAACACGGAGUAUCUCAUACAAAAGCUCCUCAAGCCCAGUGUGCCACCAAGACAAAACUACUUCACAGGUUACCUUAUGAGGGGUUAUGCCCCAAACCGAAACAAGGGUAGCAAAUGGUACAUGUCACCUGAGUUGUAUCCCAGUGAGCGAUACCCUGUAUUUUGCUCUGGGACAGGCUAUGUGUUCUCAGGUGACAUGGCACAAAAGAUACAUCAAGCAUCUCUGAGCAUACGGAGACUUCACCUGGAAGAUGUCUAUGUGGGUAUAUGUCUGGCAAAACUGAGAAUAGAGCCAGUACCACCGCCAAAUGAAUUCCUUUUCCAUCACUGGCGGGUGUCCUAUUCUAGCUGCAAGUACAGCCAAUUGAUUACAUCCCACCAGUUUCACCCUAACGAGCUAGUCAAGUACUGGGACCAUCUGCAAACCAACAAACAAAAUGCUUGCACCAACAGCAAUGCCAAAGGACACGGGUAG